ACCCGCAGAGCGCCUCGUGCGGCUCUCACUUCCUUCGGCAGCUCCUCAGACUCUGAUCAGCGGCUUAGGGCGUCUGCCGCGUGCCAUGACGCAUCCGGAGAGCGCGCGCUCCAUCAGCAGCACCAACUCCAGCCUGCGCCGCGGACCACCGGAGCAGCCGCGAGGAUGAGGGCGGAGAGGAGCGCGUGAAGCUCUCUCUGCGCGCGCUUUGACUCUCAUGAAGAUGGAUUUAAAGGCGACUUACUGUUGCUGCUGUUUGUCCUGAGAAAGGCGGGGGCCUCAGAGGGCGAUGGGGGACCAACACCGGCGGACACGAACUCUAGGAGGUCUCGCGACCAAGUCGCGGGUCUCCAAGGAGACCAAGCUCCGGCUGCGCGUGAUCUUCCUGGACGACAGCGAGCGCACGUUCGAGGUGGAGCAAAACGUUUUAGGUGGAGACUUCUUCAACAAAGUUUGCGGUCAUCUUAAACUGCUGGAGAAGGAGUACUUCGGACUGGAGUUCAGACACCACAGUGGCCAUUACGUUUGGUUGGAACUUCUUAAGCCCCUAGUCAAACAGAUUAAAUACACCAAUGACUUAUUCUUUAGGUUUAUAGUCAAGUUCUUCCCACCAGACCCGGGGCAACUAAAGAGAGGCCUUACAAGGUAUCUUUUUGCCUUACAGAUAAAGCAGGACUUGUCUAACGGCAGUCUAACGUGCAACGACAACAGCGCCGCCCUGCUGGUAUCACACAUACUGCAGUCUGAGAUAGGGGACUAUGACGAGGAGCUGGACUAUCAGCACUUGGAGAUGAAGCACUAUGUCCCUAACCAGGAGUAUCUGGACCACAAAAUAAUCAAGCUUCACAAAAGACACAGAGGAGUCUCUCCAGCAGAAUCGGACGUCCAGCUGCUGGAGGUGGCGAGGAAGCUUGACAUGUACGGCAUCAGGCCUCACUCGGCCAGCGACGGCGAGGGAAUGAGGAUCAACCUGGCCGUCACACACUCCGGAGUGUUGGUCUUUCAGGGAAACACCAAAAUCAACACGUUCAGCUGGGCAAAGAUCCGCAAACUGAGCUUCAAACGCAAACAUUUCCUCAUUAAACUUUACGAUCAAGUUGGGGCAUCAUGCAAGGAUACUCUGGAGUUUGCCAUGGCGAGCCGCGACGUUUGUAAAUCGUUCUGGAAGAUGUGCGUGGAGUAUCACGCUUUCUUCAAGCUGGCCGAGGAACCGGAGCCCAUUCACAAAACGCUCCUCUCCUGCAAAGGCUCCAGGUUCAGAUACAGCGGGAGAACUCAGAAACAGCUGCUGGAAUGUAUGGGAUCAGGAGAUAAGAAGCCUUCACACUAUGAAAGGACCUACGGUCAGUCAGACUACGACCCCAGACAGUGUCGGUCGUCUCCCGAUCUCCUCACUGACGUUUCCAAAGAGUUAUACGAACAGACCCGCCCGCUUCCUCGGACCAGUCGUGCUCUGGCGGUUCACAGUCAGGAUGAGAUGGACGUACGCCGCCGAGGACUAAAUAACGCGGACCUCGGCGAAGGAGGGGCUAAGCGCAGCCAAUCGUCCAGCGAGGUCAAUCAACGACCACACUCCCUCGCUCAAGUCACCCCCCUCUCUCCGUGGCUCCACCAGUCGACCCCCUCGCCAAAGUUCAGAUCCUCAUCUGUGUCUUUGACGGAGGACGUGAGGGCGGGACGGAACGGGGCGCAGCGACAAGCCCAGAGGCUGGCGGGGGUCUAUGGCAAUCGCUCGAGACGCCGGCCCAACCCGCAGCCGCACCCAGACGCUGCUCAGCAGCUGGUUCUUCUCUACCCCAACAGCCCCGCCUACCAGUACCACCCUGUCCUCCCGUCUUUUCCAUUCGCCGCCCCCUCUCCUCUAAACCGACACCCCUACCUGUCAGAUUACGUCACCAUUUCCUCUCUGGAGCGCUUCCCCCAUGUAAGGAGGCAGGAGUACGUGCCAAUAGAUGGCCUUUCGCGACCCGCUUUCUACCCCUUAGCCCAUGAUUCGCCGUCCAUCUCACCCAUCAGGAGGAACUUUCGCCCCUGUGGUUCAGGGGGCUUGGGACUGGCAAGGGUCUACCAAACGGGAAGCAACGGAGGGAGGCUAUUGGGCGUUGGACACACAGAGGCGGGGCAUUACAGUGACGACUCCAGCUUCUUGCCUGGGCUACCUCGCCGUGUGGCCAGCCAACCAGAUGUGAAGUUCCAUCUAUCCAGGAGCGCAAACCCAGCCUUCAACCCCGCCUCUGAGUUUAGACCCCUCGGCUACUACCCUCACCUGACGAGGCCCUCCAGACCCACCUAUCUCCCGCUUAACUCCUCCCCUCUGCCUGACCGGCCUGCCUCCAUGUGCAUGAUCGGCGGCGCCGCCGGCAGCUACAGUGACUCCGACCCGGAGGUUUUCUACCCGUAUUACUGCCCACCUCGUCAGCUGGGCAAGGUGGUGGGGUCCGCCGGCUUGGCCAGGAUGCGGUUUUCCUCCGGAAGUCUUCAGCUGGACGAAGAGGACGAGGGGGAGGAGGAAGAGCAGGAGAGGACGGGCGUCGCUAGAACAGAGUCCAAGGUUGAACAGGACAAGAAGGAAACCAGCGAGGGAGGGAAGGCGAAAGGAGCGGCAAAGAUUACUCAAGUCACUCUAUGAAGGCUUUUUACUCUCUAAAGGUUGACGGUAAGAUCAGUCAACUCCCACAGGUUGCAUUUCAAAAGACGUCAACUGUGGGUCGUUAGGAGGACCAUAAAUGUUAUAAAAGCUUAGGUGGAUACAAAAUGCAUUGUUGCCUUGUUUUAAUGUUUCUUAGAAGUGACUGAUGUUUGGUAACUGUAUAAUUCAGUGAAGGCUGAUGACAAUUUUUUUUUCUUGUUUUCUUUGUUUACAUCAAUGUGAAUUACAACUGUGAUGAAUCUUGCUUCUAAGUGUGGUCUUUAA